UUUAUUUCCCUCUCUACCGCAACAGCUGUUUGAAUCUAGGAAAUCGCAAUUACUCCUUGGAUUUCUUCAUUUUUGUGGGCAACUCCUGCAUUGGAGUCGGCGGUUGCGUAAUAGGGCGCUUCUUUCUGGUUUCUGGUCGGCACUUGAAGUUCCAGAAUGGCGUUGGCGUUACGCAUGGCACGAUUUUGCUCGCCUCCCGCGAACUGCUGGCCAAGGCACCACCGGCGACUGUUGCACCUGAGCAGCAGCGAUAACCGGCCGAAGUCGAUAUGCAGCAGGAACUACGCCACGAAGCCCGAACCUGCCGCUCCGAAGCAAAUUAAGCGAAAUGUGGCCGCCGAGAUCACCAGUGUGGGCAAGGUCAUUUACGAAACGGGCUGGGAUGCCAAUAAGCCCCUCGAGAAGCCAAAGGUCCCCCCCAGCAGCAGCACCGACUCGUCUCCUCCACCGCCAAACAAAAAACCCGAGGAUGAAAAGCGCAAGGAGCUGGAAACCUUGAAAUCCAAGCGGGAUCAGAUGCGCGACAACAUGCAGGACUAUAUAUUCACCCGCUACUUUAACUAUGUUAAGAACUACGACAAAGUGCUCGAAAAAAACUUCCCCAAGGCGAUGCAGCUUUACCGGGUGUUUUUCGAUGGCGUCAAGGACUUUUUUGGCGACAUGAAGCGAUUUCUUAAGAUUGCCCGCAUAGCAAAUGAUUCCCCUCAAGGAAUUCGGGCAUUGAAUCGCCAAGAACUGGAACUGUAUAUGCAAAUGCCGCGGGACAUGAUGAAGGUGGCCCCAGCACUGAUUGGCUGCUCUCUGCCCAUGGUGGGCUAUGCGUUCUUUCCCCUGGUGUUCUGGUAUCCUCGCUCUUUUCUCACUGCCCACUUUUGGACCUCGCAGCAGCGCUCCGAGUUCCAGAGUUACUACAUGAAGCGGCGACUGUGCAACAACAAGGACGUCUUCCGCUGCCUGCAGGCCAAGCUCAAGUCGACGGCCUCGCAUCCCAAACACUCUGCUUUUGCAGAUAUCCUGGGACAGCUGGGAAGCGGCACACACCCGUCGCCCGAGAUGCUCAUCGAUGUCAAGGACAUCUUCGCCGAUGGACCGUACUCCUUGCUGGGAAUGUCGAGAAAACAUGUCAGAAACUUAGUCAACCUUCAUGGCCUGCCCAGCAGCAUCUUUAAGCGUCAUCGGCUUCACGAGCACGCUUUUCUGGUGCACUAUAUGGACCAGGCAAUCACUCGGGAAGGCGGCGUGCACAAUUUGAGCGCGGAGGCACUGCGGUACUCCUGCUAUCUGCGCGGAUUGAAUCCCGACAGCCUUAGCAGCGAGGCCAUGAUCGAGUGGUUGCGCAAAUGGGUCAAGGUUUCCACAUCGAUACAGGGCGAACAUAUCACGCUGUUCCUGCACUUGCCCAUCCUGCUGGGCUACAAUCACCCCAACAACUGGAAGACCAUCUACGGCAAAUGCCCCACUUAAGCGGAGCUUUGUUCGUUCUCUAUUUGGUAGACUGUGCUUUAAAGAUUGGACUGUUAAGAUCAUUUUGUUUCUUGUGAGCAAAUAAAACUGUUAAAACCAAAAAAGAAAA